UCCUGGCUGGAGCGCUUGCAAAGGGCUCUGCCACUCCCCGGCCAGCUCUGCAGGAAGGAGCGCGUCUCGGUCUCUCUCCUUGCUUUGGGCUUGACAAUCUCACCUUCCCUGCGCUCUGAUCGACUGGUGGAUUACAUCUGGAGCUACUGCCCCUUACUUCCUCGGUGCCCCCUCCUCUUUCCUUGGGGAGGCUGGUUUUUAUUUUAUUUUAACCCACUCCUCUCUCUUUUUGGAGGAGUCUUAAGUUUCUUUCAAUCGUCGCAAAAGGCUGAAGGGCGGCGGAGGGGAGAAACCAACUGGAGAGGAAAGGCUAGAAAAAGUCCCCUGCGCUCCGCCGCGCCUCUUCUCGCGGUGGCCUUUUAAAAACAACCAGCGCCGCAUCUUCUCUUUGUCUCCUUCCUCCCCAGCCCAAACAUUUAUCUGUGGUUCGACAUGGUGGGUGUAGCGGGGAGGAGGAGGACGAGGACGAGAGUAUGAAGGCGGCAGGAUGGGAGCGAACAAUGGCAAGCAGUACGGCAGUGAUGGUAAAGGCAGCUCAAGCCUCUCAUCCGACGUGAGUUCAAGUACAGAUCAUACUCCAACCAAAACUCAAAAGAAUGCCGCCACCAGUGAAGAUUCGGACCUGAGCAUGCGGACUCUCAGCACGCCAAGCCCAGCUCUAAUAUGUCCGCCAAAUUCGCACAUUUUGCAGAAUGGCCGAGGAUCUUCCACAUCAUCCUCUUCAAUUACCGGGGAGACCAUCGCAAUGGUUCACUCGCCUCCUCCAACCCGCCUCACCCAUCCUCUCAUCCGGUCUGCCUCCCGACUUCAGAAGGAACGGGCUAACAUCGACCGGCUGCCGGACCAGUCAGUGAUCCAGAUAUUCUCUUUCCUGCCUACCAACCAGCUGUGCCGCUGCGCCCGUGUGUGUCGCCGCUGGUAUAAUCUUGCUUGGGACCCCCAUCUCUGGAGGACUAUUCGCUUGACGGGCGAGACAAUCAACGUGGACAGAGCCCUGAAGGUGCUGACUCGGCGACUUUGCCAGGACACACCCAACGUCUGUCUCAUGUUGGAGACGGUAAUUGUUAGUGGCUGCAGGCGGCUCACAGACAGAGGACUCUAUACUAUUGCUCAGUGCUGCCCUGAACUGAGGCAGUUAGAGGUGUCGGGUUGCUACAAUAUUUCCAACGAGGCGGUCUUUGAUGUGGUGUCGCUGUGUCCCAACCUGGAGCACUUGGAUGUGUCAGGUUGUUCCAAAGUUACGUGCAUCAGUCUAACCCGUGAAGCUUCCAUCAAGUUGUCUCCUUUACAUGGAAAACAGAUCUCUAUCCGUUACCUAGACAUGACGGACUGCUUUGUCCUUGAAGAUGAAGGACUACACACCAUCGCUGCCCACUGCACUCAGCUGACACACCUCUACCUGCGGCGCUGCAUCCGCAUCACCGACGAAGGCCUCCGUUACCUGAUGAUUUACUGCACGUCCAUCAGGGAGCUGAGCGUGAGCGACUGCCGCUUUGUCAGCGAUUUCGGCAUGCGCGAGAUCGCCAAGCUGGAGCUGCGCCUGCGGUACCUCAGCAUCGCCCACUGCACCCGCAUCACCGACGUCGGCAUCCGCUACAUCGCCAAGUACUGCAGCAAGUUGCGAUACCUCAACGCACGGGGCUGUGAGGGCAUCACGGACCACGGAGUGGAGUACCUUGCCAAAAAUUGCACAAAACUCAAGUCGCUAGACAUUGGGAAAUGCCCUCUGGUCUCCGACGCCGGCUUGGAGUUCCUGGCUCUGAACUGCUUCAAUUUGAAGAGGCUGAGCCUGAAGUCAUGCGAGAGCAUCACCGGACAAGGCCUGCAGAUUGUGGCGGCCAACUGCUUUGAUUUGCAGAUGAUGAACGUGCAGGAUUGCGAGAUCUCGGUGGAAGCUUUGCGGUUUGUCAAACGUCACUGCAAGCGCUGCAUUAUAGAGCACACCAACCCUGCCUUUUUCUGAAGUGACAGGUCUCACUUGUUGAGGAAAGCAAAGUAUAAAAAAAUGUCUGUAUGUA